GGCCCGGGCUGGCGCCGGGAGACACUCGCAGCGGAAGCUCCAGCGGCUCCACACGUGUCCGGCUGCGGGGGGUCGGGGUCCCGAGCUCGGUCAAGUCGCAGUGGGCCAACGGCCACGUAGGAAUGCCCCGGCGACUCAGGACCCCUGCCGCACACCCGGGCAAGAUGCGAGCCACCCUUCUGGCUGCUCCUGUGGGUGCCCCGUCCAGGAGGAAGCGGUUGGAGUUGGACAGUGACCUAGACACUGAAUGUCCCACCCGGAAACAAGCCCGAAGCGGGCCCCAGCCUCAGCUGCCCCCCUGCCCGCUGCCCCUGAUCCCACCCCCUGCUCCAGCCCAGGCCCUCGCUGUGACCACUCCCUCCCGGCUUGGGCCCUACGCCCUCCUGGAGCCUGAGGAAGGUGGCCGAGCCUACCGUGCCCUGCACUGCCCCACAGGCAUGGAGUACACCUGCAAGGUGUACCCGGCCCGCGAGGCCCUGGCUGCGCUGGAGCCCUACUCGCGGCUGCCCCCGCAAGGACACGUGGCACGGCCCGCCGACGUCGUGGCAGGCCCCCGCCACCUGUACACCUUUUUCCCGCGGCCCCACGGGGACAUGCACAGCCUGGUGCGCCGCCGCCGCCGCCUCCCCGAGCCCGAAGCCGCCGCGCUCUUCCGCCAGAUGGCCGCCGUCCUGGCGCACUGUCACCAGCACGGGCUGGUCCUGCGCGAUCUCAAGCUGCGGCGCUUUGUCUUCACGGACCGCGAGAGGACAAAGCUGGUGCUGGAGAACCUGGAGGACGCCUGUGUGCUGAGUGGGCCGGACGACUCCCUGUGGGACAAACACGCGUGCCCAGCCUAUGUGGGACCGGAGAUCCUCAGCUCCAGGGCAUCCUACUCGGGCAAGGCCGCUGAUGUGUGGAGCCUGGGCGUGGCGCUCUUCACCAUGCUGGCUGGCCACUACCCCUUCCAAGACUCAGAGCCUGCCCUGCUCUUUGGCAAGAUCCGCCGCGGUGCCUUUGCCCUGCCUGAGGGCCUCUCGGCUCCUGCCCGCUGCCUGGUCCGCUGCCUCCUUCGACGGGAGCCAGCUGAGCGGCUCACAGCCACGGGCAUCCUGCUGCACCCCUGGCUGCGGGACAACCCGAUCCCCUCAGCUCCAUCCCGAUGCCACCUCUGGGCAGCUGACCAGGUGGUUCCCGAAGGGCCGGGGUUGGAGGAAGCUGAGGAAGAGGAGGGGGAAGCAGAAGCGGGUCUAUAUGGCUAGGUAGCCCUAGACUCUCAGCUGCAAACAGUGGACUGAGUUUGGGGUAUCUCCAAGCUCUCUCCGGCCUUUUUUGCACUGAGCCAAACCUUAGUGCCUUCUAGAAGCGAGAAAGGAAGAGGCAUGUAUGGAGUGGGCUGUAUGCACACCUGUGUGGUUCCUCAUACCUGGGCACACAGGCCUGUGCAUUUAACACAUCCUUCUUGGGAGUCCACUGUGUGCCAAGCCCUGUUCUAGGUGCCGGGAACACAGCAGUGAACAGAAGACAAAUCUCCUGCUCUCAGAGCUCACCGCUUUUCCAUGCCCGCAGGUGUGUCCACACGGGGCCCUCCCGGUAUAGGUGUCAGCAUCCACUCGUGCUGGUGCCCCGGCACUUCUGACCCUGGACAGUCCCUCUCAUAAAUCCCUGUGCCAAAGCCUCCAGGCCUCCCCCUCACAACUCAGGACUCCAGAGCCCAGGCUGUGCUGGGAACUCCCAGCAGCUCUGUCUUCUCCAUCCAGGCCCGAGCCAAGGACUCGGGCUGGAGCCUCUCCAGUUCAAACUAUGAGGCUGGUCCUCAUCUGACUCAAGGACGGUUUGGAAUGAGGGUGCACAGCUGUGCUCCGCUGGCCUGAGCACCAGAGAUGAGGUUGGAGGAGGCAGGCUCUUCCUCCUGGCCUUCUGGGAAGUCUCAAGCCCUAUUCUGGGUUUUGGAUCAACACCAUGGGUUUUGGAUGCCAUAAGAAUGUAUUUUUACCUUUUGCCUAAUAAAGGAGUU